AUGGAUUUGGUUCAAAGCAUAUUUAGUGGUGGCUUAAUUAAGAGACAGUGGAGAAGAAGAAGAUACCAACGUCUAGAUGGUACAGGAAGGAAGAACAUGAAGGUCACUAGGUUUGGUAAAGCAAAUGGAAAUAGCAAAAGAAAAUGGAGAAUUAAAGCAAUUCCAAAGUUGAAGUUGAAGAUUUUUUCACCAUUUAAGUUAUGGAACAAGUUCAAGAAUGCUUACAUGAGCAUGAUGCUUAACUUGGCUGGAAAUGUAAACUCAUUGAACAAUGGGAAUGUGUUUGGUGCGAAAAGGAUUCCAAAGGCAAGAGAAGCUAAAUUGGGUUAUACAAAUACUGAGUUUGAGAACAGACUUAUAUAUGAGAUUUACAAGUCAAUGGUUCCUUCCAUGGAACUGUAUCCAAAUCUAUAG